GCAACAAAUAUCAGAUCAUUAUGGGUGUUUUUUCCUUUCUCUUUCUUCAAGAACAAGUGAGGCUUCUGAACCAAGAGGCGGAAAGAUCGGAGGACAGGUCCUUGUCAAUUGAAGCUUCGUUCCAGUCUAAAAUCGAGCAGAUCCAAGAGGAGCUGGACAAUGUACAGCUUGUUUCUGCUCAGAAGCUGCUGUUGGAGCACAAAGAUGUGGAGAUUGACUAUGAAGAGGAGGACAACCAGUUACACCUAAAUGUGAACUGGCCACAAUGCGUCGAGGCACAAAAUGAGAAGCCUCAAACAAUAGUAGAAGAAUACGAAGAUCAAUACCAGUACGCGCAAACAAGUGCAUCUGAAUCUGCAGAGGAACUGAUGAAGUGGCGAGAAACGGUUUCUAAGUCAACAACGAGCCAUGACAACGAUGAAUGGACUGUCAUGGAUUUAAGGAUGAAUCAAGUUGAGGAAAAAAGAGAAGAACUGCCGGAGCUGGAGGAGGAAGUGGGGGAACUUCAGAUGGAUGACCUUAAUUCUGACAACGCGCUGCUAAACGCACAGUUGGUUCAGUACAGGGACCAAGCUAAACCAGAUCCUGUCUUUGUAGGAUAA